GCCUGGGAAAGACAGCUGAAAUACAACAUGGCUGCUAAUGAAACGGAAGAAGUCGAUGUAGCAAAAGAAUUUAACCUUCUUCCAGUGAUAUUUGAAACAAUUCAGGCACUACAGAAAAUCAACGACCCCCAGGAAUUUACAAAAAAGGUCAAUAGUUUUCGCUCAAAGUUACAGCACUGCAGAACGUUGUUAGACAAGAUUCCAGGAAUAGAAAUGAGCUGCGAGGAACAAAAAGAAAUGUUGAGCAAGUGUCAAGCUCAGUACACCGAGAAAUGUGAACUUUUAAGAAAUUACAGAAAUCUGCCUGUGUUUACAGAAGCUUUCCUAAAGGAGACAAAGUCGUAGGGCCAGAUGGUUUUUUAUUAAAAAGGUAGCAAGCUGAGAAGAUGUCGGCUAAAGAAAACAAGAGAUCAACACAACUCCAUCAAAGAUAGUCUUGAUUAUAUUUGGAUAAGAAGAAGGUUAUGACUCCUAGGUGCUAUUGUUGGGAAUUAAUAGAUGGAGAUGAGUCAUACAUUAGAUUGAACUUGUGAACAAAGCAUCGAGUUCAAAUUGGGAUGGAAGGAAACUGCAUCACUCACUACCUUGUUACGAGUCAGUAUUCAUUUUGGAAGGAUCUAUGAAAAUACUCAUACAAUAUUUAGUUGUUGUCAUUGUUAAUAUUAGUUGUAGUAUAAAAGUGAAGAAAUGUAUGAUUACAUGAAAAUUUAAUAGUGUGAGUGUUUUAGUAACCCAAAGCACUUGCAUGUACAUAUGCAAAUGAAACAUUUAAUACAUAAAAUGUUAAGUAAAAGGCUUUCAUGAAAA